UAUAAUAGAUGGAGACGAGGGAGCACUAUUUUUUAGAACCUUUAAAGAGUCAAAGACGCUCCCAAAAUCACACCAUACCAAAUUCCCUAAACUGAUCCUCCGUUCACUCAUUUUAAUUUCUUUAUACAUACUAUUCUGUCAUACAUAAAAAAACAUAUAUGUGUGCGUAUGUCUACAUUUCUACAAAGUUUUUAUUUUUGUAUACAUAUAUUUUUUAAGUCAUUGUUGAUCAUCAAGAAAAAGGCAUGGAUGGAUACCCAGCAUCUCCAGUAGUUGUUGCACGUAAUAAAAGUACCCCUUCAAGAACCGCCAAAAUAACCGCCGUGAAGAACCACCGCCACGUGGCAGCCGUUGACGAUGACGACGACGGUGACCCCAUAGAGUGCACCGGAAAAUCCUGCAAGUCAUGUACAGGUGGAGUCGUAGCAGAUUGCGUGGCAUUAUGUUGUUGUCCUUGUGCUGUAAUAGACAUUUUAGCACUUACAUUUCUCAAGAUUCCGUAUAUGAUGGGAAGAAAAUAUUUGGUUAAAGGUAAAAAGAAAUUAAGUAGUAAAAAAAAGUUGGAAAAACAGAAAAAGAAGAUGAAGAAGAAGGAAGAAAUGGAGAAAAGUUACAGUUACCGUGACUGUGUGACGUAUGAACCGGACAGUACAGAUGGAAGAAUUUCAACAAGAUCAGUUAAAGUUGAAGACGAAGAAAGAGAAAAAGAAAGGACAAAAUUGGGAAUUGAAUUAAUUGGAGAAGAAGUGCUAAAAGACAACAAUGUAAUCAGUGCUAGUUUUGAUGCCGAAGAAUUUUGGCUAGAGUUGUAUGAACAAGUUGGUCAUUUGGACUUUGGCAGAGUUUCUUUCACUGGAAUCCCUUCCCAAGGUAGUCAAAAUUUUAAUUGUGGGUAACUCUUUUUGAAAAAAUGUUCAAGCAUCCGGUCUUUGAAAUUUGUGCAUUAAAAAGUUGGUAAUAGUGCUUUAUAUUGAAUAGAACUUCAUUUCCGGAGGUCGAA